ACAGAGGGUGUUCCUUAGAGUUUUCUGUUCACCCAGUUCCAUUGGGUUGUGAUGAGCGGGAUGUGAAAGAAGACAACAUUAAUGUUGUUGCAGAGAUUUCAGCCCAGUUGCAGAGAGAACGUCAGAAGAAUGCAGAGCUUAUGGAAAGAAUAUCCUUAUUGGAAGCUCAGAUACAAGAGAGGGAGAAAGCCUCACUCCUUAAUACUACUCAAGUUGACUGCCUCACUGGAACAGAGAGAAGUUUCAAGAAGUUUAAGAGAGAAAAUAUAGAAAAUGUAGAAGUUGGAGAUGAAGAAACUGCAAAGAGUCCCAAGAUGGGUGACCCUCCAUGCGUGCUCCUUGAAGAUUCUGAUCAAAGAGACCACCUAGUAAACUGGAUGAGCAUGGAUGAGACACAACUUUCAAAUGUUGAAAAUUUUAAAGAUGGUGACCUGGCUGCAGAUUGUGAGGAUACAGAUGAUAGUGGUGAUGAGGAUGAUGAGUACUAUGAUGAGGACAAUGUCGAUGUUGAGGAUAAGGAUAGGGAAAAUGAUGACAAGUUAGAUGUUUCAAUUACAUUAAAAAGGCAUUUUCAUGAAGAAGGUGUUGAUGGAGGAAUACAUGUACCAUGCACAGAAAGGCUCCCUGGUUAUUCGAGUCGACCAAAAGGUCUGAGUGUGAGCCAAGAAAUAAAUGGAGAUCAAGACAAAGGUUGUGUGUUAUUACCUGAUUCAGGAACCACUUCUAACAAGACAGAACUCAAAAGGCACAACAGGAGAGACAAUUACAAAAAGAUUAAAGGAUAUAAGGCAUCAUCAGAGAUCCACAUUUCGGGUUCUGGGCAGGAGAUUAUGCAAAAAAGGUAUGGAAGCAUCUCAUUGCAUAAGAAGCCCCCAAAGGUGGCUUUUUGUCCAAAGGAAGUCAAGAGAAUAAUAGAGUCAGAAGCGCUUCUAUUGAAAAAUGCUCAGUCUCAUACCAUACGGAAAAUCAUCGUCUUUGCUUCUCUUGGCAUAAGGCAUGGGUGUGAAGAUAUGUAUGAGUUGGACAUCAAUCACUUUUCCAUAUUAAGGAAGGGAGAGCCAUAUGUAUCUCCACAGGAUCCUGGGGAACAUGUUUUAUAUGAGCAUCCUGGAGUGAGGAGGAAAGUCUUCUAUCCAAAUCAGCAGAACCCAAUACUCUGUCCUGUUCAAAUACUUGAAGAGGAGAAGCGUAUGCGCCCAUCUGAUCCAAGCUGUCCAUCAUGCUUAUUUUUAUGCAUAAAAUAUGGAGGGAGGACACGUAAUCUUCCACAAAAUGAGUAUGUCAGGCAGCGUAUGGGAAGGAACAAGCUGAAAUCUUUUGGGCCCUUAAUCUGCCAGAUGGCAAUGCUGGUUAAUCUUCGCAGUGGAAGCUUCUUCUUCAAGGCCUUGGGUAUCACACUAUUGUUUAUGGCUGGUUUUCCCGAUGAUGUAGUUCAAAGGGAGACCAAGUACAGGAACUUGGACCUGCUUCAGAAAUAUUACAGGACAGAUGAAGAUGCUGAAGGGGAGGAGUUGUUUCAACCUUAUCCACUUUCUUUCGACACUGCUAGCCCCAAUUCACAGCAGUUAGUUGGGAAACCAGUUUUGAUGAAAUCUAGCAGCAAGAAGCAAACAGCUUUGACAAGUAAGUCCCGAAAUUCGCUGAGAUCCUCAACACUACCACCUGUUCCUUCGAGUCCUGUACCAACUAUACCAUUUGGGCUUAUGGGGUAUUCAUCCCUCCAGACUCAUGCAAUGGCAGCUUUUACAUCAAUUCCAUCUCAUACACUAAAAGAUACUCCUACUAGUUCCAACCCCAAUGUCUCCUACCAUGCAAGUCAGACACCAACUCAAUAUUCCAUGUUCCCACCACCCCUCCCAACAAACCCAUUCGUGCCAAUUACAUAUUGGCCUCAUAUGAAUGCAGUUCCUUCUUGCCCUUACCCAUCUACAUAUGGUUACCGAUCUUUUCCUCCUUCCACAAAUUACAUUUCCCUUCAUACAUUACCUUGUUAUGGUCACCCUUCCAGUAUCCCCUUUGGCAGCAAAGUAGUCGAAGACACUGGGAAGAAAGACGCUACCAUGGAGGGAACUCUUAGGGACUCUAAUAGCAGCUCAAGUAGUUCCAAAGUGAAGAAAGCAUUAACAAAUUGUAAGUAAUGGAAACUGAUAACUAGUUAUGUAUGCUUUCUUGUGUAAAACAUUAGAUAUCAUGGAAAUGGAAAUUGUACCAGAAAAUUUUGUAAUCAAUUUCUGUAUUUUGGCCACUGUGAAAUGAUCGAUGCAAACCUAUGAAGUCAUGCCUA